AAACUGGCAUUUAGGUAAAGAGAAAGAAAAAAUAUCUGAAAAAAUAUCUUCACGAACUUUAAUUUAUUCAUCACGUGACAUAACCCUCUCUCUCUCUCUCUCUCUCUCUUCACUUACUUCAGCAAGAACAAGAACACAAAGAACAAUGGGAGAUUACGGAGGUGGUUAUCAACAGCGUGGUUUUGGAGGUGGUAGAGGCGGUGGCCGCGGUGGGGGAUUCGGCGGCGGAGGCCGGGGAAGAGGUGGAGGACGUGGUGGUGGUGGAGGCGGCGGUGGUGGCGGCAGAGGAAGCAGAGAUGCCGAUUACUACACAGACCCAAAUGCAGAAAACUUCUGCAAGUUAUUUUUGGGUGGUCUUGCACCAGAAACCACAGAAGAUUCUAUCAAAGACCAUUUUGGUUCAUACGGAACAAUUGUUGACUGUGUUGUGAUGAGAGACCAAGAAAAGAAGAGGUCAAGAGGGUUUGGCUUUGUCACAUUUAGUGAAUCAUCUUGUGUAACAGAUGUACAGGCAAACAGACCACAUAAAAUAGAUGGAAAACAAAUAGAAACAAAAAGAGCCACACCAAAACAUCAACAGGCAGAGGGCCAGGAUGCUAAAGUGUCAACAAAAAAACUGUUUGUCGGUGGAAUUAAAGACGAUAUGACGGAGGACAUGUUAAGGGAAGAAUUCUCAAAAUAUGGAAAUGUGCAGUCAGUAAAAGUAAUACAAGGGAAAGGCUUCUGUUUCAUAGAGUUUGAUGACCAUGAUGCCGUGGACUGGUGCAAUUUGAUUGGCAGGUUCCAGAUUGCUGACAAAUGGGUGAAUGCCAAGAAGGCCCAAGACAAGAGUAAACAGCAACAGCCUGGUGGUCAGCGAGGUGGUGGUGGUGGUUACGGUCAACAAGGUUAUGGUGGUGGCAGUUACGGAGGUGGAUACGGUGGCAGCGGCGGCUAUGGUGAUAGCGGAUAUGGAGGUGGAUAUGGUGGAAAUGAUUAUGGUGGUGGUUUCGGUCAAGACUACCAAGGAAGCUAUGGAGGAGGACCAAUGAAAUCAUCAGGUGGUUAUGGAGCACAGAGAUCUCAGCCGUAUGGAGGUGGAGGUGAGUCAUAUGAUGGUGGAUAUAGUCAAGGUAGUUACGGUGGUGGACAGGGAGGAUACGGUGGCGGAGGCUAUGAUCAGAGUGGUGGAUACAGCAGUGGAGGAGGUGGUUACGGUGGAGGAUACGGCAGCGGUGGUGGUGGCGGUGGAUACGGAGGUGGUAGUGGAGGCGGCUACGGGAGGCGAUAGACUGGUUUCUAUCACAGACAGUGGAACAUGGUGGAUUGGCUGAAUCAAUGAAGCAUGAGGAAUAAAUUAUCCAGAUAAAACCUGACAAAGCAGUCCUUAAACCUUAAGUGCUCCAAAUGAGGCUUAUUUAAGGCUGAUAAGAGAAACCUUCCAAGCUGACUUUAAGGAUAAAUGUGAUAUAAAGCCAAUAAAGCUGUCAAUUUAACAGGGAGUAUAUUAUAGUUGAGCAGUCAAGUGAGACUUGAGGAAUUAAUCCACCUGUUCAUUACUAUAGUAAUAUCGGUGAAGUCCAUAUAAGGAUUUACUUAACAAAUCAAGGAUAAUUAAAAAAAGGGCGAGACGGCUAAUCUACUGUGUUCCUAUAUCAUAGUAUAUAGUGUUCAUUCCCAUUGUGAAUCAUGGUUACACCCAGAGAAGACUCAACAUCAUCAUGUAGAAAAUUUGAUUUUCAUUUUUCAUUAUCGUCUUAAUGUUGUUUUUUGAAGUCAAAUAAAGUCAUAAUUUUUAAACUUG